AUGGACGUGGACAACCGGUCUUCUUCCCAGGCCCAACCAUCCCAGCCUGUAAUCGAUACCGCUGCUCGUGAGCUUGAGUUCGAUCAGAAGUACCCAAACCGGCCGCGCAACAAGCAGUCCACUCUUCCCUUUCACUCACUCUAUCAGGACCUGUGCAAUCCACUCUUGGAAAAUAGGAAGAAGCCCCCGGGCCAGGUCCAGAACCGUAGGAAGCUCGGGCCACAGAAUGGGCUCGCUUUGGGCUCCCAUGAGAAGCGUCGGGCAAUCAUCGAGCGAUACAUAUCGAGAUGGCGACGCGAGGUAGGCCCGGACUUCUUUCCAGCGAUGCGACUUCUUCUACCCGAAAAGGACCGCGAUCGUGCCAUGUACGGCCUGAAAGAGAAAGCUCUGGGUAAGUAUCUUGUCAAGAUCAUGAAGAUCGACAAGAACUCUGAAGAUGGCUUCAGCCUGCUCAACUGGAAGGUCCCUGGCAAGCACACCACGAGUGCCGGAGAUUUUGCCACCCGCUGCUACGAAGUCAUACAGAAACGUCCCUUCCGAGACAAGCCUGGGAACAUGACUGUACAAGAGGUCAACGACGAGCUUGACAAUCUAUCAGCUGCGCAGAAGGAAGAGAACCAGCUACCCAUCAUUACCAAAUUCUACCGCAACAUGAACGCCGAAGAGCUUAUGUGGCUGGUGCGUAUCAUUCUUCGCCAAAUGAAGGUAGGUGCAAGUGAGAAGACCAUCCUUGAAAUCUUCCAUCCCGACGCGGAUGCUCUAUUCAAUGUCUCGAGUAGUCUCCGACGUGUGUGCUGGGAACUCUAUGAUGAGCAUAUUCGCCUCGAGACCGAGCACAAGGGUGUCACUCUGAUGCAGUGUUUCCAGCCACAGCUGGCGCAAUUCACCAGCGGCAACUUCCAGAAGAUGGUCGAUCACCUGCGCCGCUACUCUACCGAGGAAGACAAAGAGUUCUGGAUCGAGGAGAAGUUGGAUGGCGAGCGUAUGCAGAUGCAUGUACAAAAGGAUGCCGCGAAGGCUGGCGGAUUCAAUUUCAAGUUCUACUCCCGGAAGGCCAAAGACUACACUUACCUAUAUGGAGACACCCUCGACAACAAGAACUCGGCCCUCACGCAGCACCUAAAAGAUGCUUUUCGGGACGGGAUAGAGGACGCUAUUCUUGACGGCGAAAUGAUUACAUGGGACCCUGAGCAAGACCGCCAGGCCGCCUUUGGCACCUUGAAGUCUGCUGCCAUCUCCGAGCAAAACAAUCCGUUCACCGACAGAGAGCGGCCCCUCUUCCGUGUCUUUGAUAUGCUUCUGCUAAACGGCAAGCUCCUCACGCCGUACACACUUCGUGACCGUCGCAGAGCCCUUGAGCAAGCCAUCAAACCUGUGCAUCGGCGAUUUGAGCUCCACCCUCAUACGAUCGGCGUGGAAGCCGAUGACAUCGAUCCUCAUCUCCGCGAGGCGAUUGAGACCGCCUCCGAGGGUCUUGUUCUUAAGAACCCGCGCUCACUCUACACAUUGGCUGACCGCAACAACGACUGGAUCAAGGUAAAGCCUGAGUAUAUGCAGAACUAUGGCGAGUCGCUUGACUGCCUCAUCAUCGGUGGCUACUAUGGAUCUGGCAAGCGAGGUGGCUUCUUAUCCUCCUUCCUAUGUGGUUUACGUAGCGACAAGACGUCCCAGCAGUUCAUUUCAUUCUUCAAGGUCGGCGGCGGCAUGACGGCAAAUGACUAUGCUGCCAUACAGUACGCGACCGAAGGUAAGUGGAUUGACUGGAACAUCAAGAAGCCGCCGACACAGUAUGUCAAACUUGCUGGCCCGGAACUGAAUCCAAGGGAGCGGCCCGAUCAGUGGAUUAAACCUCACGACUCGAUUGUAGUCGAAGCCAAAGCUGCGAGUGUCACAACUUCGGACGAAUUCGCAGCGAAGCUGACAUUGCGUUUCCCACGCUUCAAGAAAAUCCGCAGAGACCGCAGCUGGGAGAACAGUCUGACUCUGGAAGAGUUUCAGAAUCUCAAGGCGCAGGUAGAGGAGAAAGAAGAGGAACAAAAGAAGUUCAAAGCUGAGGAGCGAAGCAACAAACGCACCAAUCGCACCAAGAAGAGAGCUUUGCAGGUUGUUGGCGGCUACGAUGAUUCUGUUAAAAUCGACAUCGAUGCCGUCAUGUCAAACGUCUUCCAUGGCUUGACCUUCUUCGUCGCCACAGAAGCACUCAAACCUCAGAAGAAAUCUAAACCACAGCUCGAAGAACUGAUCAAGAAGCACGGCGGUAAGGUCGUACAGACGAACCAUCUGCGAGACGAUAGCGUCACUGUCUACACCAUCGCCGACCGCAGGAACGUCAAGGUCGCCAGUCUGGAGAAAGCCGGUGACACGCUCCUCAUCCGCCCACAGUGGCUCCUCGACUGUAUCCAGCAAGCGAAGCGGGACUUCAACAUGGGCAUGGACGAACGCGCGCUUCCGUGGGAGUCUGAACGACACUUGUUCUUCAUUCCAGAGAAGUAUCGUGAGGACGAGCCGUUCGAGUGGAACAUAGACAAGUACGGCGAUCCGUACUACCGCGACACCGGCGUCGAGGAGCUCAGAGACGUGUUCAAGAAGAUGACCAGCCCCGAUUCCCUACCCAACACAGCGGCCGAGAACCUGAUCGGUAACGAACUCGACGACGCAAGCGACAUGCGAGGCUGGAUGUUCCGCGGCUGCCACAUCCUCUUCGACAGCCAAGACGCCCAGAAAGAUAUCGCAAACGAGGCCUCCCCUUUAACACUAGAACUGACCAUGGCGUGCACAACAGCCACCUUCGCCGGCGCCACCUUAGCCACCGAUAUACAAGACUCGGGGCUAACGCACAUCGUCGUCAGCCCCAGGAGUGAUUUGAAAGCCCUACGCAAGAAAAUCGCUUCAAAGCGGCGACAGAAGAUCCCCAGGCUGGUAGUACCCGCAUGGAUCGCCGAGAGCUGGGAGAGCGAGACAUUGCUGGACGAUGAGCGCUUUGCGCCCUAG